AUGGCUUCUCUUGCCAUGCUUCGUCUCACAGCUCGUCCCGCCACUUCCGCCUUUCUUAGACCCUGCACACGGUCCUUCAGGAGAGCUCCGGCGGUAGUGCAAUCGGUUUCCGCAAGGUCCCCCUUCAGCUCCUCCGCCAUCCAAAGAAGCGCCGGUCACGAAGACGAAACAUUUGAAGAAUUCUCUGCGAGAUAUGAGAAGGAAUUCGAUGCGGUGCAGGACGUGUUCGAGCUACAGCGGAACCUGAACAACGCCUUUGCUUACGAUCUCGUCCCUUCUCCCGGUGUUGUCACAGCUGCUCUGAAAGCUGCUAGACGCGUCAACGACUUCCCCACUGCCGUGAGAAUAUUUGAAGGCAUCAAGGCAAAGGUCGAAAACAUGCAACAAUACCAGGAAUACCUAGACGAACUGAAGCCUCUGCGCGAAGAGCUCGGCAUUAAUCUCAAAGAAGACCUCUAUCCCGAGAAUAGUGAUAGCCCAUACCACAACCCAUAG